CCAUGCUGGGCUCAGAGCUGCUCCUGGUGGCCAUACUGGCCUACCUGAGUGUCAUGGUCUUGGUGUCUGUCUGGAAGCAGAAAGUCAGGGGGAAGCUCCCUCCAGGACCCACUCCUUUGCCUUACAUUGGGAAUUACCUGCAGCUGAAUACCAAAGACAUGUACAGCUCCAUCACAGAGCUCAGUGAGCGCUAUGGCCCCGUGUUCACCAUCCACCUUGGGCCUCGCCCAGUCGUGGUGCUCUAUGGAUACGACGCAGUAAAGGAGGCUUUGGUGGACCAAGCAGAGGAAUUCAGUGGACGAGGCGAACAGGCCACCUAUAAUACACUCUUCAAAGGCUAUGGUGUGACCUUCAGCAGCGGGGAACGAGCCAAACAGCUCAGGCGCUUCUCCAUUGCAACACUGAGAGACUUUGGUGUGGGAAAGCGCAGUGUGGAGGAGCGUAUCCAGGAGGAGGCGGCCUGUUUGGUCAAGAUGUUACAGAGCACCAGUGGAGCACCCAUCGACCCUACUGUCUACCUGAGCCAAACAGUGUCCAAUGUCAUUAAUUCCAUUGUCUUCGGGGACCGCUUCGACUAUGAGGACAAAGAGUUCCUGGAGCUGCUGCGUAUGAUGGGUCAGAUAAACAGAUUUGCAGCUUCUCCCACUGGACAGCUCUAUGACAUGUUCCAUUCAGUGAUGAAAUACCUGCCUGGACCACAGCAACAGAUCAUCAAGAAUACGAAGGAACUGGAAGACUUCAUGGUCAGGAAAGUGAAGCAGAACCAGAGCACCCUGGACCUCAACUCCCCACGGAACUUCAUUGAUUCCUUUCUCAUCCACAUGCAAGAGGAGAAGAAGAACCCCGAUUCCGAGUUCAACAUACAGAACCUGGUGAUGACAUCACUGAACCUCUUCUUCGCUGGUUCUGAGACCGUCAGCUCCACGAUGCGUUAUGGCUUCCUGCUGCUCAUGAAGUACCCAGAAGUGGAGGCCAAGGUCCAUGAGGAGAUUGACCGGGUGAUUGGCAGGAAGUGACAGCCCCAGUUUGAGGACCGCAUGAAGAUGCCUUACACCGAGGCUGUCAUCAAUGAGAUUCAGAGAUUUGCUAACCUUGCUCCCUUGGGCAUUCCUCGGAAGACUAUCCAGAAUACCACAUUCCGUGGCUUCUUCCUCCCCAAGGACACCGAAGUGUUCCCUAUACUAGGUUCUCUGCUGACGGACCCAAAGUUCUUCCCCAGUCCCAAAGAUUUCAACCCCCAGAACUUCCUGGAUGACAAGGGGCAGUUGAAGAAGAAUGCUGCUUUUGUGCCCUUCUCUGUAGGAAAGCGGUUCUGUUUGGGGGACGGCCUCGCCAGGAUGGAGCUCUUUCUCUUCUUCACCACCAUCUUGCAGAACUUCCGGUUCAAGUUCCCAAAGAAACCGGAAGACAUCGAUGAGUCCCCCAAACCGUUGGGGUUUGCCAGGAUCAUACCACAUUACACCAUGAGCUUCCUGCCCAUCUGAUUCCGGGGUCAACCAAGGUGGAGCAAGAGGGAGGGGGAGUCUGGAGUGAGACCAGAGACAGAGUGAAGGGAGAAGGUGAAAACUGGGGUUUCAGAAGGGACCACAUGGCUGGAAGAAAAUUUACAUGCCCGCUUAAAUUGUGACGUAAUUAAACAAAAAGCAUGCUGUUGACAGUGGUCA